AUGGCCGUCUCGAUAAGAGUUUACGUCGCUGUCCUCCUCGUAAUGAUACACGUUUACGUUGGCCCUAAGUGCCGACUUAAUGGUCAUUCGGGGUUUCCUCAAAGCCAACCUCAGGGAUACUCAGGAUCUGUGUCAGAGUAUCUUACCUGCGUUAAAAAUGCUUUAAAGGACUGUGGUUCAAAUGCUGAAGAUACUCUGAAAAAAGCAGAGGAACAAAUGGCUCAACAUGAAUGUUCCAGCGCCGGUGUGCCAGUAAUCAGUGUGCUGUGUCUUCUUAUCGCAGCCAUAGUCCUUGUUCUCUAUCAGUAAAAAUGGAGAAAUUAUUAAAUCAGGCUUCCAAUAGUGUAGACUUCUUUAUAUCAUGGAUGAUCAACCACUUCUGCCAUUUUCAAUAGUUGCUUUUAUAUCUCCUGUUUUUAUAGUAAUGUUUUAAAAUAUUAACUAUAUAUAAUACAGAUUAGUAUAUGAUUUACUUUAAUAGAAUAAACACAUUUAUGUCGA